AUGGAAGAGCUGGACAUAUCGGUGGGAAGUAUGAAUAUUCGUUUGGAAAAUCUCAAUAGUGACCCGUCGCCCUCGAACUACGUGUCUUUCUUGCAAGCGCAUAAGCCCACUAAAGGGCGAAGCGAUAAAGACUCUGUUCAUUCUGUCUCCAGCAUGCGCAGUGUCAUGUCUGGAAUGAGUACCUUUUGGUCGUCCAUUGGUCUAGGAGGCAGCACGUCCAAAAGUGAAAAAGCGAAGGCAUUGACUCAGGUGGAUUUGACUUACCUCUAUUCUGCCUUCACAAAACUUCCUUCGCUGCGGCUCACCUCCGAUCACCGAGCCCGACUGAUUAGGGGUUACGAGGAGUUCCCCUUUGACACUGCUGUUCCAUUGUUUGCUUUUAAAAAUCUUCAACAACUGGACAUAGUGGACCUUGACUUCCGACAAUUCUAUGGGUGGGACCGACUGGCCGAGCAAUUGACGUUGCUGACAGUCAAACGCGCCAACCUGGAUGAUCCGACAGAACUCCUCAUCAACAUCGUUCUGGACGAUGGUGAGAAGCGUCGAAGACGAUCAACAAAGGGCGGACGGGGUUCGCCUACCCCGACCACGUCUUGGACCGUGCCUUCGACUCCACGACCUGAAUAUGCGCAGUCGCAUUCGGAUCCGGGCUCUCCUGCGGAAGGAAGCUUUGAUCAUGACGACCAAGUCGAGUCGAUACCCAAAGACAAGCAGCUCUCAGGAAGCGUGUCUCCAAAACGGCCCAGCCCCUCCCGUCCCACCAGCUCGUACAGGCAUGUGCGGACGUAUUCCUCCAAGGCCAAACGAUCAGGGUCCGGCAGCUCAAACUCAAGCGAGUAUUCUGUUCAGCCAUAUCGGAGCGACAGCACUUCCAGCCUCCUUGGCUUAAAUAUCCUACCCCCUUCAAAAUGGCAGAGACUGAAGUAUCUGUCUCUUGCAGAUAACUCAUUAACCUCCAUAUCAGCAAAAAGCCUGGCUCCGGUGGCGACGACACUCCGUUCGCUAAACCUGUCCGCUAACCUCUUCACGGAGAUUCCAGACUGUCUCGCGUCUUUGACGAGACUCGUUUCCCUAGAUCUAUCGAACUGCAUGAUUGGGUCACUGCAGUCGCUGGCAAAGUCUCCAUUACCGGCAGUCCUCACAAUCAACUUGAAAGCAAACCGCCUUCGAUCCUUGGCCGGUGUUGAGAGGCUUCUCUCUUUGGAGCACUUGAACGUACAAGACAAUCAAUUGUCUGAUCCAAUGGAGAUGGCAAGACUUACCUGCAUUCCCAAUUUAAAGCGUAUUUGGGUCAAGCGAAAUCCGUUUACAAAAUCCUUUUCGGACUAUCGGGUGACGACCUUCAACUUAUUCAGAACGACCCCUGGUUAUGUCGACGACAUCACUCUCGAUGACUCCGGUCCUGGCUAUUCGGAGCGCAAGCAGUUGGUCGACCGGGUACCAGAGGUUGAGAGACAGAUUUCUCAACCCUCGAUUCAGAUUUUGGAGUCGCCGAUUGUCAUCCAACAGUCUGAGCAAGCAAAGCCAGGUUCAAACGUGCCAACCAAAGUUUCCGUGAAUUCCAUUCGUCGAAAAAGAGCCCCUCGAAGACGCAUCGUGGAUUUGGCAAAGGAUGAAAGCUUUGCACGAGUUCCUGAUGAGGAUCUUGCGGCCGCCAUUUCCCCAAAUCCCAGUACCGUAAAUCAGCAAACUUUACCAGCAGCCUCCGAUACCCCAGUACCAGCAUCGCUUCCGGCAGAAACCCAGGACGAUGAUCCGUACGGCGGCUCUACACAAGCGCCGUCUCUUGGGUCGAACGAGCAGCUCAACUCACACGACGAUUACCGAGCCAAAAUCGAGGCAUUGCGACAAGAAUUUGGCACCAACUGGCUCAGUGUGCUGGGAGACCAGAGUUGGCAUAAUAGCCAUCAUAUGGAGGUGACACAGAGCCAUAACCUAGGACAUAAUCCUUUACACCGCUCCGGCCACCAAGUCAUUGUCAGCGGCGGACGAACUCUGGGAUGA